AUGGCGCGCGGCGGCCGCGGUCGCCACCUGGGGCUGGCCCUGGGGCUGCUGCUGGCGCUGCUGCUGGCGCCUCCGGCGCUGCGGGCCAAGCCCACCGUGCGCAAGGAGCGCGUGGUGCGGCCCGACUCGGACCUGGGCGAGCGGCCGGCCGAGGACAACCAGAGCUUCCAGUACGACCACGAGGCCUUCCUGGGCAAGGAGGACUCCAAGACCUUCGACCAGCUCACCUCGGAGGAGAGCAAGGAGAGGCUGGGGAAAAUUGUUGAUCGAAUCGACAGUAAUGGAGACGGCUUUGUCACCACUGAGGAGCUGAAAACCUGGAUCAAACGCGUGCAGAAAAGGUACAUCUACGAUAAUGUCGCCAAAGUCUGGAAGGAUUAUGAUCGGGACAAAGACGAUAAAAUUUCCUGGGAAGAAUACAAGCAAGCCACCUAUGGUUACUACCUAGGAAACCCCACAGAGUUUCAGGAUACCUCAGAUCAUCACACCUUUAAAAAGAUGCUGCCACGGGAUGAGAGAAGGUUCAAGGCUGCGGACCUCGACAGUGACCAGACAGCCACCCGGGAGGAGUUCACCGCCUUUCUGCAUCCUGAGGAGUUUGAGCAUAUGAAGGAAAUUGUGGUUUUGGAAACGCUGGAGGACAUCGACAAGAAUGGGGAUGGCUUUGUGGAUCAGGAUGAAUAUAUUGCUGAUAUGUUUUCCCACGAGGAGAGUGGCCCUGAGCCAGACUGGGUGGUGUCAGAACGGGAGCAGUUUAAUGAAUUCCGGGAUCUGAACAAGGACGGGAAGCUGGACAAAGAUGAGAUUCGUCACUGGAUCCUCCCCGAAGACUACGACCAUGCGCAGGCCGAGGCCAGGCACCUGGUGUACGAGUCAGACAAAAACAAGGAUGAAAAGCUCACUAAAGAGGAGAUCUUAGACAACUGGAACAUGUUUGUUGGAAGCCAAGCUACCAAUUAUGGGGAAGACCUCACCAAAAACCACGAUGAGCUCUGA